CCGCCUAUUCUUAGCCCCUCAGCUCAGGCGCCGCGACCUCACCGGGGCCUUUGCUCCCGACCACCUCCUUCCUCCCUCCUUGGCCAUGCGCAUGCAAAGCGCCGUAGCCGCCCAGCCCGACCCCUUCUCCCCCGCCACACGUACGUGCGGUCCUGACCCGCGCCACCGGCGUACCCGUGCGCGCGCGCAAGAAGCCCGGCUGUCGAGCGGACGAACGGACGAACGAGCCGGGUCCGGCAAGCGUGCGCACGCCCGUCGAUCGCCGCUGGCGCCAUGGCGCGGCUGCGGCCGCCCGGACACCUCCGCCUCGCCUUCUACGUCGCCGUCGCCGUCGGUGUCGGCCUCUGCGCCCCCGCCGCCGUCCUCGUCGCGGCGAUUGUCGGGGACAAGACGGAAGGUGAGGUGCUGGUGGCGUUCCGCGACAAGCUGCGGGCUUCGGACGGCUCGCCGCCGGGGCCGCUGCGGUCGUGGGGCACGCCGGGCCCGUGCCACGGCAACCACUCCUCCUGGUACGGCGUCUCCUGCCACGGCAACGGCAGCGUGCAGGGCCUGCAGCUGGAGCGCCUCGGCCUGGCCGGCGGCGCGCCGGACGUCGGCUCGCUGGCCGUGCUCCCGGGCCUCCGCGUCAUCAGCCUGUCCGACAACGCGCUCUCGGGCCCCUUCCCCAACGUGUCGACGCUGGGCGUGCUCAAGAUGCUCUACCUCUCCCGGAACCGCUUCUCCGGCGAGAUCCCGGCCGAUACGUUCCUGCCCAUGCGGGGGCUCCGGAAGCUGCACCUCCACAGGAACGACUUCUCCGGCCGCGUCCCCAGCUCCAUCACGUCGCCGCGGCUGCUGGAGCUGACCCUCGCCAACAACCGCUUCGAAGGCCCGCUCCCGGACUUCUCCCAGCGAUUUGGGAAAAGUGUGCGUUUAUCUGCAGGCAACAAAUUCCUGUGUGGCAAGCCAACGGACAUGGUCUGCGAAUCCGCGUCGUCGCCCGCCGGCGGCAUGCCCACCUUCAUGAGCAUUAUCAUUUUGCUCAUCAUCCUCGGCGUGCUGCUCGCCGCCGCGGGCAUUGCCAUGGGCGUCCUGGGCCGCCGGCGUCGUCGGCGGCGACGCGCGAAGCGGACUGACGGCUGCGUGACCCUCCCCAAUGGCGAGGUGACGCCGUCCAACCCGGUCCUGGACACCGCGCCGGCCGUCUCCAUCAGCCAGGCUACCGCCGUCGGCCCCGCGGCGACGUCGGGCGGCGGCCCGGCAAAGCGCGGGGGGCGGCGCGACGAGCACGGGCGGCUGGUGUUCAUCCAGGAGAGCCGCGUGAGGUUCGAGAUCGAGGACCUGCUCCGGGCGUCGGCGGAGGUGCUGGGCAGCGGCAACUUCGGGUCCUCGUACAAGGCGACGCUUCAGGAAGGCCCCGAGGUGGUGGUGAAGCGGUUCAAGGACAUGAACGGCGUCGGCCGCGAGGACUUCUCGGAGCACAUGCGCCGCCUCGGCCGCCUCUCCCACCCCAACCUCGUCCCCCUCGUCGCCUACCUCUACAAGAAAGAGGAGAAGCUCCUCAUCACCGAUUUCGUGAUUAAUGGCAGCCUCGCCCAGCUCCUCCACGGGAAUCGUGGAUCGAUGUUGGACUGGAGGAAGAGGCUUCGGAUCGUCAAGGGGGCGGCGCGUGGGCUGUCGCACCUGUACGAAGAGCUGCCGAUGCUGUCGGUGCCGCACGGGCACCUCAAGUCGUCCAACGUGCUGCUCGACGGCACGUUCCAGCCGGCGCUCUCCGACUACGCGCUGGUCCCGGUGCUGACGGCGACGCACGCGGCGCAGGUGAUGAUGGCGUACAAGGCGCCCGAGUGCGUGGGGUCGCACGGGAAGCCGUCCAGGAAGAGCGACGUGUGGAGCCUCGGGAUCCUCACCCUCGAGGUGCUCACCGGCAAGUUCCCGGCCUGCCGGCAGGGGCGGCAGGGCACCAGCGACCUCGCCGGGUGGGUGAACUCCGUCAUCACGGAGGAGCGCACCGGCGAGGUGUUCGACAAGGACAUGUCCGGCGGCAAGGGCAACGAGGAGGAGAUGCUCAAGCUCCUCCAGGUGGCGCUCACCUGCUGCGAGGCCGACAUCGACAAGAGGUUGGACCUCAAGUCGGCCCUCGCGGGCAUCGAGGAGAUCAGGGAGCCGGAGCCUGAAUCCUCGUCGACGUUGACGGGCGAGGGAGAAUCGAAAUCAUAACUACGAUCGGGCAAACAAGUUCAAAACAAUCCACACGCUGAUCCGUAAUAUCAAAUCAACCGAGACGAUCCAGGAACGAUCGAUCGAUCGAUCGGAUGCACUGAAUUGCAUGGCAUGGUGGAACUCUGGGGCACGGGCGGGAUCGACAGUUCGUGAUGAGCUUAGCUCGAUGGGUUGACCAUCCAUCUGAUGAAGAACAUAUGUACAUUUGAGCCGGGGGUGGUUGAUGGAAUCCAUGACUAAUUUUGAACGUGUAAAUUAAAUCCAUCUAGCAUAAUUUGAGUUAAAGAGAACAAGAAGGAAAAAGGAUGCGGCGUAGUGUGUAACAGAGUACAUUGGUUCUUGCU